AUGGGUACAGUAGCAUUGUUCUUAGCGGUGUAUCUGUACUGUGUCCAGUGUCAAGUCUGGAGAGGACAGCCUCAAGGACAAUGGAACAGUCCAAUUGGAAGUCAAGGAAGAUUUGGUGGAAGCCCCGGAGGACAAAGCGUGUUUGGAGGUGAUAACUUUGGACCAAGUGUGUUCGGUGGAGGUGGUAUUGGAGCAGGUCCCUUUGGAAGCUCAGGUCCAUUUGGUGACAAUAACUUCAGAUCUAACCCUGGGAACAACUGGAUCAACUCGGGACCUUUUGGAAUGAAUGGUCGAAAUGCACCAAGUGGACCAUUUGGAAUGAAUGGUCGAAAUGCACCAAGUGGACCAUUUGGAAUGAAUGGUCGAAAUGCGCCAAAUGGUCGGCCUUUUGGCCCCAGUUCUUUUGGCCCUAAUGGGCCAAUGUCUAACAACCCGAAUGCUUGGGGCCCGUCUUCAAACCUAGGAGGUCCAUUUGCAACAGCAUCCCCAUUCCUGGCCAACUCACAGAAUUCCCAGAUGAAUUCCUUUCAGUCAAAUUUCCAACAAAAUCCGUUUCAAAUGAAUCUGAACUCUCGAUCUAAUAAUCCAUUUGUACCACAACUAGGAAGUAUGUUACCGCUUCAAAACAUGCCUUUCAUGCCAAAUUCUGGCCAAAAUGGAUUCGGAACAAGGCUUUUCCAAGGUAUUGGUUGGCAACCAGGCAUGGUGUCUCUCGGCACAACAGGAACAUCCAGCAUUGGAAGCAGUUUGUCUGCUUCUGAUAGAAAUGACAUUGACAUUUCAGAAGGAGAGACUCUCACAUGCAGUGCCACAGACAACACAGGCUCAUUGGCCGUGACGUUAUCAUGGACAGAUAACACAAGCCAGAGAUUCCAGACGUUUAACCCAGUACAAGGUAUCGUCAACGUGACGUCAGCGACCCUGUCUGGAACGUUCACGGUGCUGCUGACACGACGUGCCCGGGUGGAAAGAGGGUGUUCUUCUGUUACAAUGGGCGAGAUUCUCUCACGAACAACUACAAACAGUGCGUGGGGCGGUGUCAGGGUGUUCAGCUUGGGCGUCUUGUCUUCAAUACGGGUGAGACUUGGUGGGACAUCCUCCAUUACCAUCCCGACAACUAACCUGCCGUUGACGAGUCUACAGCAAUACUCAGGGAGAGGAAUAGUGCUAUGUAGCCGAACCACCUCGGAUUCCAGCGGAAGGGCCAGGUGUAUCGGCAACUAUGUGUAUUGCUGCAAACUGGGUUAUGACAAUCAAGACGCCAUCCUGAAUUAG